AUGCCAUCGCGAUAUGACGAUCCCUAUGCAAGGGAUCCUCGCAUGACUGGUGGUCAUGGCUAUGAUCGCGGUGCUUCUCCCAUAGGUCGUGGCUAUGAUCGUGCUCCUUCUCCCAUAGGUCGUGGCUAUGAUCGUGCUCCUUCUCCCAUCGGUCGUGGCUAUGAUCGUGCUCCUUCUCCCAUACAGGACAUUAGCAAAUAUGUCGAACCACUUGACGACUUCAACGACAGCUCUCACUACUCGAAUCCUCGUGCUGAUUGCAUCACAUACCCAACAAUUAAUGCAAGAGGAAGUACUCCUCCGUAUGGACAAUCGCAAUCAGUUUUCUCCAGUUUUGGCGCUGAAAGAUCGAGGGACUACGGAAGGUGA